CUCGUGCUCAGACCUGACGGCACGUUCACGCGCGGAGGACGCUACUGGAGUAUCUAAUACCAGUCUGCAGAGGCUUUAAAACUAAAAAACUACUCGCUAAAAUAAAUAGUGAAACCAGGAUUUGUUCUCAGUUCAGGCGUUUUUUUUGCUCUUGUUGAAUAAUUGACCGCAGCUGCGCAGGCGGAAUCUUCAGGCAGGUCAGCCCUGCUGUAGCGCGUUCACCUUGAUGGACUGAAGUGUUCGCGUGAUUAAAACCGUGUUUAGUCCGUGCACUUCUCAACGCCACAAUGUUGGACUCCUCCAGCAAGAACAACAAUAAUAAUAGCGCAAUGAUGACCAAAAUCCACACAAGAAUCCGCACAGAGCCUUUUAAUAACAACUACGACCUCGUCAGCAAAGUACUCGGCAGAGGGAAGUUUGCCGUGGUGAAGAAGUGUGUGGAGAAGGCCACACAGAACGAGUACGCUGCCAAGUUCCUCCGCAAACGGAGGAAGGGUGAGGAUUGCAGAAAUGACAUCCUGAAUGAGAUCGCCGUGCUCGAAGCAGCCAAAGCCAACCCUUACGUGGUCGGACUGCAUGAGGUGUACGAGACCAGCCACGAGAUCAUCCUGGUGCUCGAAUAUGCUGCCGGAGGAGAGAUCUUCAAUCAGUGCGUGGCCGAGGACGAAGACGAAGCGUUUACCGAAGACGACGUCAUCCGGCUGGUUCGGCAGAUUCUAACAGGAGUAGCUUUCCUUCAUCGCAACAACGUCGUUCACUUAGACCUGAAGCCUCAGAACAUCCUGCUCACCAGCGCUCAGCCACUCGGGGACAUCAGGAUCGUAGAUUUCGGUCUGUCCCGUCAGGUGGACAACAAGUCCGAAGUGCGUGAGAUCUUGGGAACUCCAGAGUACGUAGCUCCUGAGAUUCUGAGCUACGAGCCAGUGUCCACGGCUACGGACAUGUGGAGCAUUGGCGUGUUGACGUACGUGAUGUUGACGGGCGAGUCCCCUUUCCUGGGUGACGAAAAGAAGGAGACGUACCUGAACGUCUCCAAAGGCAUCGUGGACUACUCGGAAGAAGUCUUCGAAGGCAUCUCGCACCUCGCCGUAGACUUCCUCAAAUCGCUGCUCAAACUAGACCCCAGAACUCGAGUCACAGCCGAAGAGUGCCUGAGUCACCUCUGGUUAAACACAGACUCCAACAGCCGCAAUCUUAUCACCAUCACCGCCACAACCACCCCCACCUCCACCUCCACAGGCGACGAGCAGGAAACCAGCCAAUCAGAAUCUGAGCCCGAGAGCCCCGAUUCGUCUCCCGAGCUUUCCGACAUCCCGUUGUAUACCACGUUCCCCGUACAAGGGGACCUGAAAACGGGCAGAGACACUUUCACUUUUACGGAGUCAUUUCCGACUCGCCCGGAAAUGCAGCAGGAGCUGAUCUGUUGAGAGUGACAGCCAUAGCGUCCAAUCAGAAGGGAGCUCAGUUUGUCGACCAUGAUGAAACUUUGGUGUGAACUGUGAGCUGGUCCGCUCGGGUGUGUUCGGCCCAGGUCAUGUGUCCAUUGGUGUGUGUGUGUGAUUUCAGGUAUGCACUUGUGAUUAGUAAGAAGUGCUAUUUAAUAAUCUUCCAGAAGCCUAUGAUAACUGCAAAUUAAUACAUUAUUUUUAAUAAUAAAUAAAUAAAAAGUAGGUUUCUCACCACACACACACCAGUGUAAAUAGAAGCUUCUGUGGUUACUGAGUGUCGGUUAGUCUGCUGGUCGGAAUUGAAUCCUUACCCAGAGAGCUGAACUCUCAACACCAAGGAACCCUCAUGAGCUCGAAGACACCGGAUGGACGUUCGACGCUCUAUCUGCUCUUGGACGGGUAUGGAGGCGCGAGCCCAGAGACCGUCCUGACCAUCGGAUCGUCGAUCAGAUCUUCCUCUUAGGACGCUUCAAACUUGGGAAUAGUAGCUUCUCUUUUUCUUUAGCACUUUUGGAAAAAAAAAAAAAACAAA